CCAUUCAUUACCUCUGUCACACGCGGACCCUAAGACGUGUGCAGGGACUCCGAGAGGCUCAGCCGUUGUAGACCACACUUUUUUACAACACAAGAUAUUUAAGUAUUGUAUUAAGAGAUAUUAUUCCAUUGAGGUGGUGCAUACGAUAUCGGAACUACGCCAUUGUAAUUAAGUUUAAAACAAGCUAAAAUAAUAGAAAUAAACAUUCCUGUGUAAAAUGAACGGACUACAAAAAUCGGGUUAUCUACAGGUGAAGCAACCAUCAAAUAUAAAGGGACGCAAGCUCAAGACAUGGAAAACGAAAUGGGGUAUUUUGCACAAGAUGAGCAACAUCUCCGAAGGGACAUUUGCUGCCAAAUUAGACCUAUACCCUGACGAGAUCUCCGCGGCCACAGUAUCACAGGACAAACAAACCUAUAUAUUUGAAAAUGUCUCGUGUAUCCAGUCUGCCAAUUCGAAGACCCACAAAUGUGCGUUUGAGAUUGUUGAGACAUACCCACUGAUAUGUCUUGCAUCCUUGAUCGACGAAGAAACACUGGAAUGGGCCAAAGCUUUCCAGUACAUUUUCUGGCCACCUCCGGGUCCAGAUGGUGAAGAUUUGUUCCAAGUAAUAAUUGAAGAGAACGAGGACUCCAGGAAAUACUCCCUAAGCGGUGAAUACUGGAUGCUCCUUUCGCCACAGGAACUAAAAAUCAAGGCAAUGUCAAAGGCUCAAAUGUUGUCAUGGAAACUCAGCAAUCUGAAAAGAUUUAACCUGGAUCAAAGCAACUCCAAAAUACUCAUCAUAGAAUCAGGAGCGAAGUCAGAUUUUGGUGAGGCCAAGUUUAUGUUCCGGUCAAGCAAUGUUCGCGAAAUAUUCCAAUGCAUUAGAAAAAACAUAGCACGCGCUGUCGAGCAGCGACAACGGAAACUAUCGACAGACUCUCUAGAAUGGCGCGGGAGAGCAUCUUCAGCUUCCAACAGUGAGAAGGGUUAUAAGAUGCUUUUAGAGAGAAGCAGAGAAAAUCUGAAUGUAUCCAGCGACUCCAUUGACAGCAUAAGUGGGACUUCAGGUAGUACAAAACAGAGGACUAAAAGUCAAGAUAGUUUACAUAAUGUCGGUUCACUUGAAACCUUUCCUCCACCUAAACCCCCGCGCUUGCCACCUAAAGCAGAUCAAAUUGAUGGCAAUCAGUUAUCAAGUUGUUAUGACGAACUUUCCCUCCCUUCAGCAGCAAAAGUUGAUGCUAAGAAGGAAUCACCUUCAAUCGUCUCUACUGAGGUCAUUCAUGAUAAGGAGAAUCAGCGGUUUGUAGAGGUAAACCACGACAAGUAUGGCUACAGUCACAUCCCGUGCCAGAUACCUCCAGAGUCUCGGAUCAGUGUUGUGCGUUCCGUGUCCGGAUAUGAUGACGUCGAUUUAAGCCCGACCUCAGAAAAAGGUAGAACGAUUCCAAACCGUUUAGAUCAUAACCAAGAUCUUAGGUCUGGUUCAGUCAAAUCUAAUGACUCAGGUUUUGUAGCGUCUCCAGAUGUCGAGACUUCGGGUUCUACGGUACGACAGACAGCCACCGGCUUAAAAGCCAAUCACAAAAAGAACGGCUCGUUUGACAGCGCUAUAUAUACGUCAUCUGGCGUGGAGUCGAUCAGUGCAGCGGUAAAUGACGUGCUUAUCGUCACCGAACUAUCGACAGGCAACAAAACUUACGAUAACAUUGACUGUUCGGUCCCAGUCGACCAUAGUGAGAUAUAUAGCGAUAUACAUUCUCAUUCCAAACAUGACACUCAUAUAAACGAAGAGACAGAGACACAAUACGAGGACACACAUAUAAACGAAGAAACAGAGACACAAUACGAGGACCUUGAAAAGUACCGAAAAGAUCUAAGCAAGUAUCUCGGCAUGGAUCCUCGAGUGAACCCAAAAGACGUACCGCCUUCUUUGCCAGACCGACCCACUUCGCUACCGAUUCGGCGGAAGGAGUUCAAGAAAAAGACCAAAAAGUCGAAAUCUAGCAGAAAAGUUACAUUUUCGCGUUUUCUAAAAGAACGUAACAGUGCACAUAGUCGAACUGCAUCCGUAACGUCGACAUCUUCAUCGUCAUCUGUGUCUGAUGGCGAAGAAGAAUCGUCCAUUCCGAAGAUACCAACAUUCCAAAUGUUAAAACACAUGCAGAAGAACACUCUUUAUGAACAGACUAGCGUUCACGACGACAAAAACAAUAUGUUGACAGUUUCUACAACGAACAACCCAGAUAAUGUCCCACAUAGACACUCUUCGGAUCCAGUGCUUAUGGGGGCGUCUCAAAGCCUUACAAACACACAAAGUGCAGGCUAUGUUGAGGUCAAAAACGAACCCAAAAGGACAGUUUCUUUUGACUUAUUAACGGGAGAACUUUUGGAAGAUUCCGUCGUUACAACGAAUGAUCACACAGUGUCACGUAUACUAUCGCCGACCUCCACAGAUACUCCUAACUUUCCUCCUGUUGUUGAAAAGCUAGUCGCCAUCGACCUGCCAGAGAACAAAUCGACUGAAAUAGUAAUGGACAGCGCUACAGGGACACAAGAUCAGCUGAUUUUCCGUGCAAAGCCUGAUGGCAACUUUGUAUGGGACCCAUUUCCAAAUAUGACAAAACCUGACCGACCACUGAUAGACUUUGACAGUAAUCAAGAUUUGACUUUUUCUUCCGAGAACAAAACUGUUUUGUCACCAGUUACAUUAGACACAAAUUGCUAUGAAAUCAUGGUAUCGCCAAGUGAAGUCAACAAUUUUGGCAAUCUCGAUUCGCUUGACUUAUCAAGCAUCAAACCAGAGAGUAGCCCAAUCGGUACAUCAACACCAAAUGCAAUGUCUGUAGACAACAUGGACCCAUUCAAUAUUUUCAGCCAGGAUACUUCCCCGUUGAACGUGGCUCACAGUAGGAGUAAUUCUUUCGAUGUUGAUGCUGACAUUAGUGUCAAUAAGCCAAAUGACGUCAGCGAGGAGUCUACGUACAUGGACAUGUCAAGGGUCACACCGCCGGUCGAGGAUGUGUACGUCGCGCCUUCAAUGGUAUGACGUCGACCAAUAAGAUUUUGUAACAUCUUAUCGUACAGCUAAACGCAUAUUCGUACAAACGUAAAAAUGACUACAGAUUGUACUAGACCUUAUAGCAUUGUCGUUUGUGUAAGCUUGUGCACACAAGUAAGAUAAUAAGAUCAAGUUAAUCGAUAGAUUCAUUAAAACAAGUUUGGGCAAACAUGCGGACAAUACAAAAUUACUGAAAUUAAAGAUCGCUGGUAAAACUGGCAGUGAUGUUUAGGGUUUCGACGAAAUUCCCAUUCAAAUCUUGAAAACGUUCGAACUCUUCGGGAUUUUAUUUAAAAAAUACAUUUUAUUCUUUCAUAUGUAUUGGUUGUGUAAUCAAUACAAAUCGUAUCUCAAUGCCAUAAUAUUGCCAUGUUAAGAAUUAUCAUGCAAAUGUGUUAUCUCUUGAAAAAUGUUGACGUAUAUGUAAUAAUUUGCAUUAUAGUAUAUACA